AUGAUGACCUGUGCUUCUGAGCCAUACAGUCACAGCAGGCAAAUGCAUUCUGAUUCAAACAAAGGUUAUCCAGGCACAUUGCAAUGCUGCUCUUCAUGAGUAAGAACAGUUUCCCGAUAUUGCUGUUUCUCAGGGGGUUCGUUCAAUGGGCAGAGCCCGACAGAGCGCUUCCCCCCGCUUGUUUAGCAAGCGUGGUGUACGUGAGCUUUGUUUAGUUUAUUUCUCAUUUUGAGGUCCACUUUGCAGCCUUUUUCUACGGUUUUACUUAACUUGAUUCCUCUGUCGUGGUCAAAUCUUGUCAUCAAAAUUGCGUCCACUUCCCGUUGUCCAAUUAAUUCCACAUGUUGCACACGUGCUCAGAUCCGGUGACAAUGCAUGCCUGUAUCAAAAUCAGCAUCAAGUAAUAAAUUACUGUAAUUCGCUAUUUUAAAGCAAUUCACAUUUUGUAUGGACGCCUUAUUAUUUAUAUAUAUUUGUGUGUAGGUCAAAAAUGCCGCGGUCCCUAAACGGUGGAAUCGGCUCGCACAAAAAGCAAGCGCCGCGUAUCUCAGGCGCCAUUGACGUAUUUCUCGACCGCGAGUUGAACGAAGUUGUUAAUAAAAUCGUUGUUUAAAAAAACGUUUUUAGUAGUGUAAUAUAUAUUUAAAAAAUUAAGAAUGUGCAUGUUAUUCGACAUGUAAAUGUCUCAAACUAUGUCUACAUAAUAAUUUUCAUGAGAUCAAAUUUGCAUGCGAUUAUCGAUGUAUCACAACGAUGGUAGAUAAUGUACAGUAUUCACAUACCAACUGAGCUUGCUCACACGAUAGAGUGGUUUUUGCCGGCUUGCUUUUUUGUAAUAUUAUUUUUCGACGGUAAAUCGCUACGGUCCCUUAACGCGUUGAAUCAGCUGGUGGCAGCGGAGCGAUCAACCUCCGCGCACCAACCAACCCACCAACCAACCCCAAUCUUCGACGACAAAGUAACUCGGAUUUAAUUAUUUGUGCAAAAUAAUAACAAUAAUAAUUAUAAUUAAAUAACGACGGCUAUAAGUGUCGCUAUACACCCAUUAUACAAGUUGAUGUCGUGUGUUUGUUCGCGAUGCUUACGUUAUUUUUCGCCACGGUCAUUCCGCCUACGCAGUGUUAAAACUGUGCGGGUCGCCUUGAGGCACAAUUGGUAGAAGUCAACUUGAUGGACUUGAAUUGCGAAUUAGUGUCGCGACAAUAAUUAUUCCGUGCUGUCACAAUCUACUGCUGGAUGUUGGUCACCAUGAUGGCGUGCGUAGUGGCCUCCCCGCAGCUGGAGUCGAGCGGGGACUUCCUGGCAUGGCUGGAGAUGCAGGGCGUGAACGCGGAAGUGGCCCGGGCCAUGGACUCGGAGCUGGGCAUCCGGGACUACGGGGUCCUGUGUGCCUGCGUCGGAGACGGCCUCGUGCGGGCCGAGCUGCUGGCCACGGCGCGCGACCGCCUGCCCUUCGGCUUCUACGCCGUGCUGCGGCAGGUGGUGAAGGCCCUGCAGGAUGCUAAGCACCACGACGCUGGAACGCCGCGCUGGGACGAUGCCGCCGCUUCCUCCCCUGGCGAUGUGACGCUGGGAGGCCUGGUGGACUUGCUGCUCACGCUGUUCAGCGGCUUGAGCCGGGAGCUGCUGUUGUCUGUACAGAGGAUGGGAAACAUUGAUAACAAGAGAGCGUGUCCUGCUGGCUCGCCUUCAACCGCUUGGGUUGGCCAUCCUGAGAACAUUGCGAUGAAUGAAAAUAAUGAUUACACACCAAACGACGAGGAUGGAGAAAACUUAAUUUCAGACGUGGGAGGUUCGGACGCUGUGGACACUAAGGACGCUGUGGACGCAUUGUCUUCAAUAAAAUUGGAGGCCCUUGAAGGUGCUUGUGGCAUUGAAGAUGAUUCGGGGUUCAUCAUACAAGAUGUGGUUUCUUCAAACGCUGACAACGUUGGUUCAUGUUCACAGCUGCAGCAUCAGAAUCCGCAUCAGAAAACUGGAGGUAAAAUGCAAAGAAACUUUAAAGCAGAAGAGAUGCAAGACAUGUCCCCGGGUGAAUUGCUUAUGCCCAAUCCCCUAAAGACUCAACACUUCAUCGGGCAACAAGAAUGCCCGAAUGGUAUAGAGGAUUUUCCAAUCGAUGGGCAAGUUCCUGCUGCUGAUGAGCCCGAUGCAUCGGACAACCAGCUUUACAUGUUAAUGGGUGCGACUUCCCGUUCGCCAAAAUUAAAUGUGGCUGCUAAGUCGGCGAAGAAGCCAUACCAGUGCACGGUGUGCAAGAAGAGCUUUGCGUGGGUCUCGCUUUUGAAGUACCACCAUCGCAUACACACGGGAGAGAAGCCGUACCACUGCAAGAUGUGCAACCGGUCCUUUGCUCAGUCUUGCAAUCUGAAGGUCCACAUGCGCACGCACACGGGGGAGAAGCCGUACCAGUGCAGGUUCUGCAACCAGAGCUUCGUCUGCAGCGGGAGCUUGAAGUCGCACAUCCGCGUGCACACGGGAGAGAGGCCAUACCGGUGCGAUAUUUGCAACAGCUGCUUCUCGCAGAGUCAUCACUUAAAAGCUCACCAGCGCACGCACAGGCCUUAAGCAAAAAAAUUACCGGCGGAAGAAAUGCGACGGUUGCUUUGCGCGUAAUAGAUUUUACAUGUUUUCCUGAUUUUUUUUAUACCAAUUUUGCUAUUAUUGUCAUCUCAUGAGGCAAAGCAUACAAGUGGAAACCUUCGUGCCAGAGAUUGGACAGUUUUUAAGCAGAUAAAAUCCCUUCCUGUGACCGAUGGUCCACACCAGUAGAGGGUAGGGAGCACUUUCCCUUCCAUAUUUCCAGACAGUCAAAAGCAAAUUUAAUUUAGCCAAUUUUAAGUUCAGAACACAAUUUGAUUAUGGAUUUUUUUGCUGCAUUUAUUGGUGACCAGACCGAGACUACCAACUCGUGACACGUGGGAACUCGAUUUAAUCAUGAGUGGAUAAAAACCUGGAUUUUAACCCACGAACUAAGUGCAGCCAGCUCAACUACCCAGCCACCUCGCAUAAUUAUCAUUUAAAAGCUCACUUGGGGCACCCACAUUGAAUAUAGGUUUUCAUGAUGAAAUGUGUUCCUGUAUAAAGUUUGCAUGGUGAUGUGUAACGUAUACUAACUAUGCAGCUGUGUUUAAAUAAAAGCAUUAAACCC